UACUCUCAUAUGAGUAUCUAAAUGAUAAGUAAAUUUUCAAUACUGUUCUCUAAUCCCGACGCUAUGAUGCUAAAAAAGAAAAAAGGGGAGAUGAUGUAUCUGU